AUGCUUUACUGGCUUGAGGGAAAGCAAAUUGAGUCCGUGGACAUUUUCUUGGACUCAGAAGUCUGCAGAAAAUACGAUCCAGCGAAGAUCUUUAAUUUUUACAAGUUCUUAUCGAAGCAUCCUUUGUAUACGAAAGCUCUCAGUAUUCAUGGAAAAACAUCAUCUAGCAAUACUUCCCAAGAGCGAGUUCUCUGUAGCAGAGCGGCAUUCGAGCACUUGGUAAAUGGCUGCCCCUUGCCGGCGAUGAUCACGCUUGAAAAUUUACCAAAGAUCCGAAAAGCCGUUCAAAUAGAAGUUUCUUGCGAUUCUCCUGGGAAAACCCUCGACAGCGCUUCGCCAAUGGACUGGGGACAGCCAGAACCUGUGAAAGAAGAAACGCUGGAUUUGAAUUGGGGAGAACCUGAACCGGUUCAAGAAGAUGCUCUGAGUUUGGAAUGGUCUGACGAAGAAAAAAGCGAAGAUGAUGAAGCUGAUUCUCCACCUAAAGUCGUCGAGGAAACCCGGCGAGAUGAUGAGGUUAAUGCUGUCUUUGAAGAUGGACCGGAUAUCUUAUCAGAAGAAAUUUCAAAGUCAACAUUGAAAACAUUCCUUAUUGAGGAAUUUUCUUUCCAAACAAACAGUGAAGAACGUGGAGAAGAUUUGAAAGCAAUAAUCGACAAUCUAGUUUCUUCCGAAGCAGAUUUGCGAGCACUUUGGCCAGGUUACUGCCCUAGCUUUACAAAGUUAAUUCGUCGAAAUCGGUCUGUGGAUUCAGUGAAGUUUCAAACAGCCCUUCAAAUUUACCUUCAAAAUUAUAAUGUGUCCUUCCCUCUACUUUCGUUCGUUAGGGGUGCCGAGAACUUUUACGUAUCCUCGGAUUUGGAGCACAUACGGCACUAUUUCGAGAAGAUUGUUGCACAGAUUUCAAGAUACUCCAAACUUCCUACUGUGGCGGAAAAAGUCACUAGUCGAUCGGCUCUUAGACAUGACUAUCUUCAGCUAAAAGAUUUAUUUGACCGGUUGAUCCCACGAUCCCCAGCAGAUGAAAACGAAGACCAGAUUCCGAAGAACUCUGACGAAACAUCAGCAGCCGCAGCAUUCUGGCCAUUGAACAAGGGUGGCUUUGAAGCAACAAAACUUAUCCUGGAAUUCACUUCUAUAACCGUACUGACGCUUCUCGUUCUCGCUCUGCUUGAUGAACGGCAAACUACAGAACUAAGAAUAGUCAAUCGACUUUUUGUUUCGGAGUUUCACAGUAAAAGAUUUUUGAUGAAAGCAUUUGGCUCGUUAUCCUCAACGCAUGAGUUUACCCCACCGUUGGAGAACGAUCAUUUGCUGAAUUUGCUCCUUCAAGAUAUCAAAGAUCGGCACGAGUUCUUCGAAAAUCUAUUCGAUGAGGAGUACAUGGACGAUGAUGGAUUUCAUGAAUGCGAUUCGGAAUUGAACGAUCGAAUGGCUUUCUUCCCGAGACUGAGCAGAGCGGUAGCACUCGUUAUUGUCCAGCAGAGAUUAGCAGAACUAAAUCGAAUGCUGGAGUCGAAUAUGAUGAAAAGAAUCGAAGAUUUGAUCAAAAAAUGGUCAUUCGACGAGUUUGACAUUCUUUCUGACAUUGACCUGCCACUGGAAGCGAUACCGAAUUUCACGCCAGAUAUGUCUAUCGAGCAGCUGAAUCCAUUUUCAUCUGGAAACAGUCUCGUUGCAAGAGAGCUUUCGGUUCAGUGGAUUCUUCUUUCGAAAGUUCACUUGUUGAAGCCGUUUUUCUACCAAUUUGUCUAUGACAAGAUUGCGGUUCAAAAUCGAGAGGACUACGAGGAAGUCUCGCACAGUCACAUGGAGAUCCAGAAGAAUACAAAAGUCUCUUACACGGAUCCUGAGGUGGUAUACUCAGUUUGUAGCAGUUCUUUGCUUCCAAAAUCGACCACACUGUCGCUUUUGUAUCCACUGCAAAAAGACAGCGAUGAUAUGACUCUUAGCGCCCUAAAAACUGAGUCUCAGCAAGUGGCCAUUUCAACAGCGACCGAGAUAAUCGAGUUUUAUCCCGUCAUUGGCAAUUCGAAACUGGAAGUUCGAAGUCGUCUACCAUUCAAAGACAUCCGUCGAUUAGUCGCCUCUCCAACUGACCCGAUGGUUUACGUCGCAGGAAGCGCAUCAGGAGAUGUCUAUGUCUAG